AAGUGCGCGGUAAGAGUUGAGCAAUGGCGCUGCUGAGCUACUGCGCUUUGAAUCUAAUUUUAUCGGUCGCGUUCUGUGAGACAGCAUGGAGUGGUAAAGUGACAGCUAAUUCUGUAUAGGGGUUAUGCAGUAGUCAGUGGCACACGGGGAAAAAGUGGGUAAAAGCAUGAAGAACUUGUAAAUGAAAAUCUUGUUACGUAAAUCUUGCGGGGAAGUGAUGUCUUUCCAUUUGAAACUCCUAAUCGCAAUGACGAACACAGUGUUAGUAUGUGAGAAAUAAUGAUCCGCAUUAAAUGAGUUAAUCUUUGUGGAAGAAGAAACACGACAUCUUCUUCGAGAAUGUAUUGAGCAGUUAGAAAUUAGGAAGAAUUCUUUUUUUUCAAAAAAUCCCAAUCUGACAACCACAAUGGCGGAAGAAGAAAGCAGUAACACGUGCGAAGAUUCUUUGGGUCCCACGGACACGAGCACGGCCUUCGCCAAAAAAUUAAGGGGUCGCAAGGGUGCUCUAAAGAAAAAGAAUGUUUACGUCGUCAAAAACCACAGUUUUAUGCCCCGAUUUUUCAAGCAGCCAACAUUUUGCAGCCACUGUAAGGAUUUUAUUUGGGGAUUCGGAAAACAAGGUUAUCAAUGUCAAGUUUGCAGUUUUGUGGUUCACAAACGUUGUCACGAAUAUGUUACGUUUACAUGUCCCGGAGUUGACAAAGGUGCAGAUUCUGAUGCUGUCAGUGCUCCUCACAAAUGGGAUGUUAUUACAUACCUUACCCCAACUUUUUGUGACCACUGUGGGUCAAUGCUUCAUGGCAUUGCACAUCAAGGAUUCAAAUGUUCAGCAUGUGAUAUGAAUGUACACAAAAAAUGUCAGGAGAGUGUACCUAAUCUCUGUGGUUGUGAUCAUACCGAACGGCGAGGCAGAAUACAAUUACAUAUCACUUGUGUUGGAAACAAACUCACAGUAGGAGUUAUUCAAGGAAGAAACCUCAUUCCAAUGGAUCCAAACGGAUUGUCAGAUCCAUACGUUAAACUAAAACUUAUUCCAGAUUCAGACAGUGUGAAAAAGAAAACCAAAACUGUAAAAGCUUCAUUAAACCCAGAAUGGAAUGAGACAAUCAGCUUUGAGCUUCGAUCAGAAGAUAAAGACAGAAGACUGUUAAUUGAAGUUUGGGAUUGGGAUAGAACAUCACGUAAUGAUUUUAUGGGUUGCCUAUCAUUUGGCAUCUCAGAACUUAUCAAGGCUCCAGCAACAGGAUGGUUCAAACUUCUAACACAAGAGGAAGGGGAGUUUUACAAUGUUCCAGUGCCGGAAGAAGGAGUAGAUCUUAUGGAGCUAAAAUCAAAAAUGCGGAAGACAUCAGUAACAAAGAAAUCAACAGUGACUGCAGAUAAAGAUGUACCUCACAAUAUGGGAAAAAGCGACUUGAUAAGAUCAAGUGAUUUUAAUUUUUUGAUGGUCCUUGGAAAAGGCAGUUUUGGAAAGGUCUUACUGGCAGAAAGGAAAGGAACAGAUGAACUUUAUGCAAUCAAAAUACUUAAAAAGGACAUUAUUAUUCAAGACGAUGAUGUAGAAUGCACAAUGGUUGAAAAGCGAGUUUUGGCCCUUUCCAGUAAACCACCGUUUCUUGUGCAGCUACAUUCAUGUUUUCAAACUAUGGAUCGACUUUAUUUCGUGAUGGAAUAUGUUAAUGGUGGUGAUUUGAUGUUCCAAAUACAACAAUGUGGAAAAUUUAAAGAACCUGUUGCAGUAUUUUACGCUGCGGAAACUGCAAUUGGAUUAUUUUAUUUACAUUCUCGAGGAAUUGUUUAUCGUGAUUUGAAAUUGGAUAAUGUACUUUUGGAUCAUGAUGGACAUAUAAAAAUAGCUGAUUUUGGAAUGUGCAAAGAAGGCAUAACAGGGGAUAAAACGACAAAAACAUUUUGUGGUACUCCAGACUACAUAGCUCCAGAGAUCAUAUUAUAUCAACCUUAUGGAAAAUCUGUAGACUGGUGGGCAUAUGGAGUUUUGUUGUAUGAAAUGCUUGUUGGACAACCACCUUUCGAUGGAGAGGAUGAAGAAGAAUUAUUUGCUGCAAUUACUGAUCAUAAUGUUAGCUAUCCGAAAAAUUUGACGAAAGAAGCAAAGGAAGUUUGCAAAGGGUUCCUUACGAAAAAUCCAAAUAAACGAUUAGGCUGUGGAUUGAGAGGAGAAGAUGAUGUGCGUAGUCAUGCAUUUUUCCGCCGCAUUGACUGGGAAAAAAUUGAAUAUCGGGAGGUUCAACCGCCAUUCAAGCCAAAGAUUAAACACAGGAAAGAUGUAAGUAAUUUUGAUAAGCAGUUCACGUCAGAAAAAACAGAUCUCACGCCUACCGAUAAGCUCUUCAUGAUGAAUCUAGAUCAAACAGAAUUUAUGGGAUUUUCAUUUUUAAAUCCGGAAUUCGUGCAGCAUAUUUAAUGAAAAAUUUUGAUAAACACUUCAUGCACUUUACACUUUUCUACAACUUAAUAUUUAAGUCAGUCAGUCAGUCAGUCAGAUUGUUGUAUUAAAAUAAAAUUUCUUUAAAUGUAUUUACCACAUAAGUUAGUAUUAUUGUUCAAAAUAAUAUAUUUCUUCUCUCGUCAAUCGUAAACUUAUAAAUUAUGUGUAAAUUAGUAAUUAUUUAAAUCAUUUUCAAUAGUAUAGAUAUAGUUGAACAUAAUAAAAUCUUAUUUAUAUAUCCGAAUCCUAUAGAUGCACAUUGAUUGUAUACAAAUGGAUUGCAAUGGAUUUUACUUGUUUAUAAAAAAUUUUAAUAAAAAGAGA